ACCGGGGCCGCGGGGGGGGGGGGGGGGCGGGGCGGGAAUUUGGGGGCGCCGAGGGAGCCCCGGGACCCCCCCCGGCAGCGCGGGAUGGGCGACAGCGACCGCGACUGCCGCAGCCCCGACAGCUCGAGCGCCGCCUCCCCUCCCCCCCCCGCCAUGGGGUCCCCCCCAAAUUUGGGCCCCGCCCCCCCCAAUUUGGGGUCCCCCCCCAAUUUGGGGUCACCCCCAAAUUUGGGGUCACCCCCCGCGGGUUUGGGGUCCCCCCCCGCGGGUUUGGGGUCCCCAUUUCCCGUCAUCAGCGCCUCGCGGGGGUCACCCCAAAACAUCGGCUACGGAGCCCCCGGCGGGGGGGCACAGAUUAACCCCACGGUGCCGCUGGCGCUGCCGCCCGGGGGCGCCCCCGAGGACGUGAAACCCCCGCUGGGAAUUCGGGGGGUCCCCCCCUGCGCCCCCCACGGCCCCGGCAAGAGGCUCUGCGCCAUCUGCGGGGACAGGAGCUCGGGGAAGCACUACGGGGUGUCCAGCUGCGAGGGCUGCAAGGGCUUCUUCAAGCGCACGAUCCGCAAGGACCUGACCUACACGUGCCGCGACAACCGCGAGUGCGUCGUGGACAAGCGGCAGCGCAACCGCUGCCAGUACUGCCGCUACCAGAAGUGCCUGGCCACCGGCAUGAAGCGCGAGGCGGUGCAGGAGGAGCGGCAGCGGGGGAAGGACAAAGACGCCGACGGCGAUUUCGGCGCCGCCCCCAACGAGGAGAUGCCGGUGGAGAAACUUCUGGAAGCCGAACUCGCCGUCGAGCCCAAGAGCGACGACGGCGCCGGCGGAGCCUCCCCCAAUGACCCGGUGACCAACAUCUGCCAGGCGGCCGACAAGCAGCUCUUCACCCUGGUGGAGUGGGCCAAGAGGGUCCCCCACUUCUCGGGGCUCCCCUUGGACGACCAGGUCAUCCUGCUGCGGGCAGGUCAGACGGGAUUUCGGGAAUUUCAGUUGAUCGGGGACACGCCCAUCGACACCUUCCUGAUGGAGAUGCUGGAGGCGCCCCACCAGCUCUCCUGAGCCCCAAAAACUGACC